AUGGCGCCGCCCAGGCACAGCCCCAAAAGGGUGCAGCGCCGCGCGCAGCAGCUGCAAGAGCGUCAGCGGGAAGAGGCCGAGAGGCGUCGCUCGCGACAGGGUGAUGCCGACAAGGAACCCGCCGCGCGCCGCUCGCUCGACAAGGAUGCCCCAUCCUUCGGCAAGGGCGACCUCCCCCAGGUGGAUCUGAGGGACGACCCCACCACACCCGACGGCGAAGUCACCGACAUAUCGUGCUACGGAGGGCGGUUGCAGUCGCUGUCGCAGAUCGUCGGCAUCAGCAGGUUCGCCAACCUGCGCUCCUUGUGCGUGCACGGCUGCCGGCUGACCCGGAUGGACGUCGAUCCGAUGCUCAGGGCGUGCGGCGACUCGCUCCGAGACCUUAACCUCUCCAGCAACCGCCUCGCGCGCCUCGAGGGGUUGCCCGUGCUCCGAAACCUGCGCACGUUGGACGUCACCAACAACGCGAUCGUCUCCCUCGACGGCAUCGACCUCGGCGCCCCGAAGCUGAGCCGGCUCGUCGCGCGGUACAACCGGGUCCGUUCGCUGCACGCGCUCACCAUCCCGCGGGCCGACGGCCAGCCGUGGUCGCUCGCGCACCUCGACAUCCGCGACAACAACGUGGAGACGUUCGCGGACCUCGGCGCGGGGCUGGCGGCGGUGGUGAGCCUUCGCGCCAUCCUCCUGCGGUCGUCGCCGUCGCCGUUUGGGUCUUUCGAACCCUCGUCGGACGCGGACGACCCAGUGCAUGGAUUGUCCUCCGCGCCGCCGUCGACGACCGACUCGCUCGAGGCGACGGCGGGUUCAGGAGAGGACGUUGGGACGCGUGGACGCCGCGUGGGUAACCCCGUGUGCCUGGAGCCCAGUUACAGGCUGGCCAUCGCCGCGCUCGCGCCGUGGCUUCGGGAGCUCGACGGGGAACCGUUAUCGCGGGGACCCGACGAAUUGGCGGAGGGAUCCGGCGCGGUGGCGGACGCCAGGAACGCGGAUCUGCUGGAGCGCGCCGCGCGCGAGGCGGCGGAGACCGCGGAGACCGCGGCGCUCGCGCGGUCCGCGGCGGAGGCGGCGCGAGAGGGAAAAGAGGCGCGAGUGGGAAAAGAGUCUUUGGAUCUGUCUUUCGCCGCCGCGGAUGAGUCUCCGGAGAACUUCAUCGCGUCCGACGACUCGGCCGCCGCGCGACGGAAUCGAACGACGCCGAAGAUGGACGAGGCGCUGACCCGAUACAAGGCCAGAGCGGUCGGACAAGGGCGGUCGGGCAGGUCCCCCGCCAAGCGCGAUCAUCGCGAGGUUACGUUUGCGCUGACGGAUGAAAUUCUCCAGGCGCUGGACGACGACGGGGUAUCCACGAAGGCGGCGGAGGGUAGCGUCGCGAGCGCGGAGCCCGACCCGCCGGAGCCCACGAGCGACGCGGCGGCAACCGCCGCGGCUCGCGACGAAACGGACGAGGAUGAGCAGGACGCGAGGGUCGAACGCAAGCGGGCGAAGAAGCGCGAUCGAAAGGAACGCGAGCGGCGACGCGCCGAGACGGAUGACGCCGACGCCGCGGUGGUUGAUCACGAGCUCAGGCUGAGACGCAUCGAGCGGGACCUGCUCCGAGCGGCGAACGCGCGACGCGAGGCGGCGGGCGGGGUCCACGCCGCGGAGGUGGCGUCAACGCAGAGAGGUGCGGCGUCGACGCGGGGAGAGGUUGUGUCCACGCAGACGUCGGUCAGCCUCGGCCGCGGCGCUCUCGCGCACCCGCCGCCGAAACCCCAGAGCGGCGGCCGGGAGCAGCUCGAGGCGGAGGUGUCCGCGCUCAAGUCGCAGGUCGAGGCGCUGCUGAGGGAGCGGGACCCGCGGGGCAAGGGUUCGGGUUCGGGGGCGAGGCCCGAUUGGCAGCAUCCAGGGCGAAGGGCGACCAUUCCGUCCACGCCGCCGCCGGUGAGAGGGAACCAACCGCAGCAGCAGCAGCAGCAGCAGCCGGGAGCGGACGACGUCGAGGUCGGGGCGGGUGCCGAUGAUGGUGCCGAGGGUGCCGAGGGGACUGACUACGCCGACGCGGAGACUCGCGUUUCGUCGUCGCCGGCCAAGCGGCUGGCCACGGCGGCGGAACGCGAGGCGGAGCUCGCGCGGAAACUCGCGGCGGCGCGCGCCGAGGUGACCGCGGAGCGCAAACGGCACGCGCUCGAGACGCAGAGGCUCAAAGACGACCACGCCAAGUCUAUCGACGCGUCCACGCGCGCGGCGAAGGAGGCGACGGAGGCGAGGGACGUCGCGUUGAAAUCGCUGGCAGAGCACCCGGCUUCCGUCGACGCCGCCGAACUCGACCGGGUCAACGCCGAGCUGGUUUCCGCGCUCGCCGUCUCUGAGGAGCUCGAGGCGACCCUCAGGGAGGUUCGCGAGGAGGCUGCCGCGAAUCUCGACGCGCUUCGAGCCAUGCACGCGCGCGAGUGCCAGCUCCGGGACGAGAACCUCGUCGCCGCGAACAACCUGACCCGCAAGGUGGUCCAGGACCUGGCCGACUCGAAGACGGCGCGAGACGCGUUGGAAAGCGAGGUUCGCAGGGUCAACGAACGCGUCAAGGCGGUCGAGGACGAGUUCAGGUGGGCGCUCAAGGAGUCCGAGGAGGACAAGACGCGGUUAACCGCGGAGGUUGAGGAGAUGACGCGAGUGGCUCGAGCCGCUCUCGACGGUAAGAGGGACGCGGAAGCUUUGGCCGAGGAGCUCGCCGAAGUUUGCGAGCAGCAGAGGGUCGCCAUAGAGGACAUGGCGCGCGACAGGCGCAGGGCGGAGCGCGCCGAGGCUGACGCGGCGGCCGCCAGGGCGGACGUGGGCGAGAUGCAGGUGCGAAUCAGGGAGGCGGAGAAACGAGCCUCCGCUGCCGUCGCCGCCGAGCGCGCCGCGACCAAGGCGUUGGACCUGGUCAAGGACCAGAAGGCGCAGUCGAUCGCGGCCAUCGCGGAGGUGGACGGCGUCAGAAAGCAGCUCGAGCUCGCGCACGACAACGUGCGCAUCAAGGACGCCAUGCUCGAGUCCCAGGCUGAGCUCAUCAAGAGUCUGAAGGACGAGAACGCGCGGAACAAGGAGGCCACGUCGGGCGCGGUCAAGGCGGCGGUGGAUGCGGAACGCGCGGCUUCGUCGCGAGCCAAAUCCACCGAAAACGACCUGCACCGGCUCAAGAAGGAUCUCGCGGGCGCGGACGCCGCCAUCGAGCGUCUGGAAAAGGCUCUGGAGGAGGUGACCGCGCGGAGGGACGCGGCGGAGGACGCGGCGGCGGAUGCCCGGAGGGAGAUUGCGGAGAGGGACCAGAUGCUCGCGUACGUGUCCAGCGAGGUCGAGUCGGUCAAGUCGAUGUUCGCGCAACGCGAGGACGGCCUGAGGCGCGAACGCGACGACGCGCUGGCGCGGCUCGCCGAGCGCGACGACGCGGACGACGAGCUCAAGGCUGAGGCGAGGGCGGCGAGGGAAGACGCCGCCGCCGCGAGGGCUGACGCGGCUGAGGCGGCGGCGGCGGCUGAGGCGCGGGUCGCCAGCAUCGACGAGCGAGAGCGCGCCGCGACGGAGAAGGUGCGACGCGUCGAGGCGGAGAUGCGCGCGCUGCUGCAGGAGGUGGCGCAGCACAAGCGGCAGUCGCAGGCUAAGGUCCAGGAGCUGAUGGCUCUGAUCUGA